UCAGGUGGGGUUUGUUUUCACCAUGGCCAGUUUGGACUAAGGAGCAGCCAGCCACGAUGAUCGGAGGACUGUUCAUCUACAACCAUAAAGGGGAGGUCCUUAUCUCUCGCGUCUACCGCGAUGACAUAGGGUAAGUGAGGUGGUAAUUGUUACGAUGAGGGGAGAAGGAGAUGGGAAAUAGUGUCCAUCUGGUUGGCCUGAGGUAAAUUGGGGAGAUUAAUAAGAUUUAAGAUCACUUUAUUUGUAAAUUGUACUCAAGGUCCAACUGAAAUUUGACUUCCACUUUAUCCCAACCCCUCUGAAAGACACACACACAGGUUGGAGCAGUGGGCUACACACUGGGCGCCCGUGGAGCAGUUGUUGAGCUGGCAAGCUAGGUGUCUUGCUCAAGGGCACGACGGCUGGCAAUGGAAUCUAGGAUUUGAUACCAACAACUCCUAGCUUGCCAGCUCACUUCCCGCCAGCUCUGCCUUGAAGUGAUCACUGAGGUUCUAAUAUGAACUGAUCAGUGUAAGUUAUCACACAGCUUUUACCUGUCGAGCCCUGUCAGAUCAGGUUUGCUUCAGGGGAGGGAUUGGGGAAGGAUGUAUUUGCAAUAAAUUGGUCAAAAUGUUAAACCUUGUAUUUUUCCAUGUAGACACAUCCUAUGUGUUUCAAUCAAGUCAACUACAGUGCAUUUGGAAAGUAUUCAGACCCCUUGACCUUUUCCACAUUUUGUUACGUUACUACCUUAUUCUAAAAUUGAUUAAAUAUUUGUUUUCCUCGUUAAUUUACACACAAUACUCCAUAAUGACAAAGUGAAAACAGGUUUUUAGAAAUGUUAGCAAAUGUAUUAAGAAUAGAAAAACAGAAAUACCUUAUUUACAUAAGUAUUUAGACCAUUUGCUAUGAGUCUUGAAAUUGAGCUCCGGUGCAUCCUGUUUCCAUUGAUCAUCCUUGAGAUGUUUCUACAACUUGAUUGGAGUCCACCUGUGGUAAAUUCAAUUGAUUGGACAUGAUUUGGAAAGGCGCACACCUGUCUAUAUAACGUCCCACAGUUGACAGUGCAUGUCAGAGGAAAAACCAAGCCAUGAGGUCGACGGAAUUGUCCGUAGAGCUCCGAGACAGGAUUGUGUCGGCACAGAUCUGGUGAAGGGUACCAAAAUAAUUCUGCAGCAUGGAAGGUCCCCAAGAACACAGUGGCCUCCAUUCUUAAAUGAAAGAAGUUUGGAACCACCAAGACUCUUCCUAGAGCUGGCCGCCUGGCAAAACUGAGCAAUAGGGGGAGAAGGGCCUUGGUCAGGGAAGUGACCAAGAACCCGAUGGUCACUCUGACAGAGCUCUAGAGUUCCUCUGUGGAGAUGGGAGAACCUUCCAGAAGGACAACCAUCUCUGCAGUACUCCACCAAUCAGGCCUUUAUGGUAGAGUGGCCAGACAGAAGCCACUCCUCAGUAUAAAAGGCACAUGACAGCCCGCUUGGAGUUUGCCAAAAGGCACCUAAAGACUCAGACCAUGAGAAACAAGAUUGAACUCUUUGGCCUGAAUGCUAAGUGUCACAUCUGGAGGAAACCUGGCACCAUCCCUAAGGUAAAACGUGGUGGCAGCAUCCUGCUGUGGGGAUGUUUUUCAGUGGCAGGGACUGGGAGACUAGUCAGGAUUGAGGGAAAGAUGAACGGAGCAAGGUACAGAGAGAUCCUUGAUGAAAACCUGCUCCAGAGCGCUCAGGACCUCAGACUGGGGCGACGGUUCACCUUCCAACAGGACAAUGACACUAGGCACACAGCCAAGACAACGCAGGAGUGGCUUUGGGACAAGUCUCUGAAUGUCAUUGAAGUGGCCCAGCCAGAGCCCGGACUUGAACCCGAUCUAGCAUUUCUGGAGAGACCUGAAAAUAGCUGUGCAGCGACGCUCCCCAUCCAACCUGACAGAGCUUGAGAGGAUCUGCAGAGAAGAAUGGGAGAAACUCCCCAAAUACAGGUGUGCCAAGCUUGUAGCGUCAUACCCAAGAAGACUCGAGGCUGUAAUCGCUGCCAAAGGUGCUGAGUGAAGGGUCUGAAUAUGUAAAUGUGUUUAUUUAUGAAUUCUUUGCAGAAAUGUCUAAGAACCUGUUUUUGCUUUGGCAUUAUGGGGUAUUAUGUGUAGAUUGAUGACAUAAAAUAACAAUUUAAUCAAUUUUAGAAUAAGGCUGUAACUUAACAAAAUGUGGAGAAAGUGAAGGGGUCUGAAUACUUUCCAAAUGCACAAUUCACUAAGCUUGUCUGAUGCUUUAAGCACAAUGUUUUAUUGAAUAAUUAAGAAACACAUGACUAGAUGGAGUCCGACCAGCAAUUGAUUUGUUUUUGCCGGGCCGGGCUCAGACUUGCUGCGCUGUGUAAAAAAUUAAUAAGACAGACAGCGAGUGACUGUGUGACUAGCACCCGUUGUCUCUCUCUCCUUCCUGCUGCAGUGACCACAGAACAUCAAAGUGUUUAUUGAGCCGUCUGUGUUGCUUAAGCUGCAACAUAAUUACAGCAAUUUAUGACUGAAAAGUUUUGUUACUGAAAUCCCUAAUUUGUUUUGGAAAAACAUUCCCUCUACCAGUGCUCUCUUUACGUGACGCAUGUAUGCAUCGCAUGCACGUGACCAAUAGGGCCUUACCUAUAGCAUAUCAUAAUCACAUCAAUAAAUUGGUUAUAACAAACUCCGAACACCAUAACAGCAAAAUGGAUGCAGAGGACGUGACAAAUAAACUUGAAACAGGGGAAUGUUUACUGGUUGCUCAGGAGGUAAAGGGGAAGUCAGAUAUGUGGAAUAAAUUUGACUAGUUGUGGAAAAUACUGGAGAUCAAGAAAAAUAAGGUAAGGAGCAAACGCUGCGUGCAUAUUAUGUGUGCCAAACAGCUGCUGUAUAGAUUACAAUAUAAUUUUUCUAACCGUUUGGAACAAUGUAAACAACAUAAUACAUUAUAAGCGUACCAGAGAGUCUGUUCUAACGUUUUUUUGUUGAGCCUUUAUUACAGCAAAAACAGUCACAUUCAUUUGUGAAUGCAAUUUCCAAAAUAUAACGGUUUAUUUAUUGUUUAACCUAAUUAUUCAAGGCUCACUUUAUUUUAUUUUGAAACUAAAAUGCUUGAUUGCAUUUCAAAUCAUGAAUGACCCGUAUGCUGUGUGAUGACAUGAACAAAUUAAUGAUUGAUACUGUAGCCUAUAUAAGUAUUGAAAUAUAGGCCUAAGUAAGUUACGGUAUUAAGACUAAACAGUAUGUGCUCUUAGGCCUACAGCUCAACGGUGGUUAUACAAGGUUGCUAUACUAAACCUACUAAUGAUAAUGGCAUUACUUAUUAUUAUAAUGAUGAUGAUAAUAAUGAGAUCAAGAAAAAGGAGCGUUUUUUAUUACUAUAAAUGUUAUUUUUCCGACUUUUUGGAACAGUGUAAACAACACUAAAUUAUAAGUAAUACCAGAGAGGCUGUUCUAACGAAGAAAAAAAGUGUAAAGCCUUUAUUACAGCAAAGCAAAGAUUAAAAACAGCUGAAUUUGUGAAAUUGUUUACUUGACAUGUUGUUGCGCGAGGCUUCGUGCUCACGGAAUCAGUAGGCUAUUAAACAAACAGGCAACAGAAGCAGAAUCUGUCUUAUUUCUGUAGAUAUACACUACCGGUCAAAAGUGUAAACACCUACUCAUUCAAGGAUUUUUAUUUUAUUUUUAGGAUUUUCUACAUUUGUAGAGAAAUAGUGAAGACAACUAUGAAAUAACACAUGGAAUCAUGUAGUAACCAAAAAAGUGUUAAACAAAUCAAAAUAUAUUUUAUAUUUGAGGUUCUUCAAAUAGCCACCCUUUGCCUUGAUGACAGCUUUGCGCACUCUUGGCAUUCUCUCAACCAGCUUCAUGAUGUAGUCACCUGGAAUGCAUUUCAAUUAACAGGUGUGCCUUCUUAAAAGUUAAUUUGUGGAAGCCAAUCAGUUGUGGUGUGACAAGGUAGGGCGGGGUAUACAGAAGAUAGCCCUAUUUGGAAAAAUACCAAAUCCAUAUUAUGGCAAGAACAGCUCAAAUAAGCAAAGAGAAAUGACAGUCCAUCAUUACUUUAAGACAUGAAGGUCAGUCAAUACGGAACAUUUACAGAACUUUAAAAGUUUCUUCAAGUGCAGUCGCAAAAACCAUCAAGCACUAUGAUGAAACUGGCUCUCAUGAGGACCGCCACAGGAAUGGAAGACCCAGAGUUACCUCUGCUGCAGAGGAUACGUUCAUUAGAGUUACCAGCAUCAGAAAUUGCAGCCCAAAUAAAUGCUUCAGAGUUCAAGUCACAGACACAUCUCAACAUCACCUGUUCAGAGGGGACUGCGUGAAUCAGGCCUUCAUGGUCGAAUUGCUGAAAUAAACCACUACUAAAGGACACCAAUAAUAAUAAGAAGAGACUUGCUUGGGCCAAGAAACACAAGCAAUGGACAUUAGACCAGUGGAAAUUUGUCCUUUGGUCUGAUUAGUCCAAAUUGGAGAUUUUUGGUUCCAACCGCCGUGUCUUUGUGAGACGCAGUGUUGGUGAACAGAUGAUCUCUGCAUGUGUAUUUCCCACCGUAAAGCUUGGAGGAGGAGGUGUUAUGGUGUUGGGGUGCUUUGCUGGUGACAAUGUCUGUGAUUUAUUUAGAAUUCACUUAACCAGCAUGGGUACCACAGCAUUCUGCAGCGAUACGCCAUCCCAUCUGGUUUGGGCUUAGUGGGAGUAUCAUUUGUUUUGUUUUUCAACAGGACAAUGACCCAACACACCUCCAGGCUGUGUAAGGGCUAUUUUACCAAGAAGGAGAGUGAUGGAGUGCUGCAUCCGAUGACCUGACCUCCACAAUCCCCCGACCUCAACCAAAUUGAGAUGGUUUGCAAUGAGUCAGUCCGCGGAGUGAAGGAAAAGCAGCCAACAACUGCUCAGCAUAUGUGGGAACUCCUUCAAGACUGUUGGAAAAGCAUUCCAGGUGAAGCUGGUUGAGAGAAUGCCAAGUGUGCAAAGCUGUCAUCAAGGCAAAGGGUGGCUAUUUGAAGAAUCUCAAAUAUAAAAUAUAUUUUGAUUUGUUUAACAUUUAUUUUAGUUAGUACAUGAUUCCGUAUGUGUUAUUUAAUAGUGUUGAUGUCUUCACUAUUAUUCUACAAUUGUAGAAAAUAGUAAAAAAUAAAGAAAAACCCUUGAAUGAGUAGGUGUUCUAAAACUUUUGACCGGUAGUGUAUAUGGAUGAUUUAUAAAGCCAGGCACAUUUAACAGUUAGGCUAUUGAUUAUAGACAUAAAGUUGGUUUCCUGUCUCCUCACUUUUCUCAGACAAGGCAAGGGCUGUUUUCUCAUCUCCACAUUCUGCUGCUGCCUCCACCACAUAGUUCUCAACACCAAUAUGCUGGUUAACUUUGCUAUUAUGCACAUAGCAACAUGGUCUAGGAAAAGGAGCCAAUUCAACAGCGCAUUGAUGUGUUUCAGAACUGCGGACAGCGACCACUAUCCAACGCGGGAGAAAGCGCAUUUGUUAUAAAAUAAAAUAGUUUUUAUUAGUGUUGCACCAUUGAUCUUAUGUAAUAUAACAAUAUACAAUUUCAGUAGCACAUGUCUUAGACUGAUGGACUGUGCCAUCCCACGGCCUCCACAAUGGAUUAGUCCACUCAGACCGGUGUCUUGUACACCAUGAUAUUUUGUAUUAAUUUUUUGCUACUGCUCGACUAAAGAAAAUCUCGGUCGACCAACAGACUAUCGACCAAGCAAUCGACCAGUUGACUAAAUGGGGUCAGCCCUGAUAAAUAAAUAAAUAUAUCAUUUUUAUUAGUUAAAUUAUAUAUUGACUAGUGUAAUGCGGCCCCGUGUAGCUCAGUUGGUAGAGCAUGGCGCUUGCAACGCCAGGGUUGUGGGUUCGUUUCUCACGGGGGGCCAGUAUGAAAAUGUAUGCAAUCACUAACUGGAAGUCGCUCUGGAUAAGAGCGUCUGCUAAAUGACUAAAAUGUAAAAUGUAAUGCCAUUCAAGUUAUUGGUAUUUUCCUCCAAUAGGUGAUGGAGUGUGUGUAAAAAUAUACACAAAUAACAAAAUGGAACAAGUAUUCUUAGUUCAUAUUGCGUCUGAGAAAUGUUGGGAAUGUUUUAUCGUAACCUUGGUUGUCAGAUGAAAAUAUUAGAAAAACGUACUCUAAAUUGACUCUUUGAUAAACAAAACAUAACUCAUCCAACAGGAAGAUUUCAACAGAUGGGUCGACUGUAGAACGGUAGGUAAAUUAUUUAGCACCCACCAAAGAAAAUAAUUGAGCUAAUAGCCCGACUAUAUCAUCUUGGGGAUAAUCGCUAUUGUAUCAGGUCUCAGACAAUGCAAGCUCUCUGCAUUAGCAAAUGCUCACCCAGCUAUCUAACCGAACCAGUACAGCUAGGAUUUAUGCAGAAUCAAUACAUUCUACUGCCAAGUCUCUAACCGAACCAGUACAGCUAGGAUUUAUGCAGAAUCAAUACAUUCUACUGCCAAGAUCUUCCAGAUAAGACUCAACACAUUCAAGCUGCUUAAGAUUUGAAGACAAGUUUAACACUGCAUUUGGUUGCCGAGAGUAUUCCUUUUCCAUGGAUGGUGUUUCAACACCAUUUUACUUGCUCUGUGUACAUGCACAAAAAUGUCUGUGUGCAUUUUGUCUCAUUCUCUCUUUUACAUCAUCUCUCUUUAUCCGUUUGCCAUUUCCCUCCAUAUCUCCGUCUUUGCCACUGUAGGAAUAGAUAAGCAAUGCACCAGCCUUUCGAGCAUGUCCCCUGACCCAUGGCAACCAGUCACUGACUCGCAAUGAAUGACCUCUGACCCACAGCAACUACCUGAUGACCCUUUCAGCAUGUCACCUGACAUAUCAGUGACCAAAGAACAAAGUUAAUUAUUGCAACCAACUAAUGCCCUACUGAUUUUAUACACCUGUCAGCAACGGGUGUGGCUGAAAUAGACAAAUUCACUAAUUUAAGGGGUGUCCACAUACUUUUGUGUGUGUAUAUAUAAUGACCUCCUUAAUGGACAUUGCCUUCUGAAAAAACAGCAGGACAGACCCUGUUAAAUGAGCAUGUAUGGUACCAGUGCCCCUUCCGUCUCUACCUCCAUCUGUCUUAACUAGUGCAGUCUGACUCUGCAGAGUGCCUAAUCUAAAAUUGGUUCCAGAGAUUCAUAUUUUUGGGAAUCGUUUCCCUGGAUCGGCUCUGGUUCCAAAUAAAUAAAGGUAUGAUUCACUACUAGGCAGUAGCUUUGUGGUCAAUAUCAUUUUUACUGUCAAGCUCACAGAAGUUGUGGAACCGGCACCUAAGGAACUAUUCCAAAAUAUCACUGACUGGGACUCUGCAGUUUUGUCUGGACAUGCUGCCUCCUCUGUAGUAAGCCUAGAUAUUUAUACAUCCCCAACAGAUCCCUAAAGCACUCUACCUCCCCACUAAUCGUCACCCUCUAAACAGAAGAUUUCUCUCUCACUGCCUAAAUGGUCAAGUCAGUUUGGGACAAUUCAGUCAUAUUUCAGCUCUCAUACAAGUUUAAUAUGUGCUGUCCUUGGCAAAGGGUACCAUUAGCAUGUCCGGAGUGUUGCUUUUUUUGGCAGCCGUCUUUUCUGUUCUACCAGGAACUUGGAUGUCAAGUCGACGGUCUGAAAAGGGAAUGUAUGGUAGGUAGUGUAGUUGACAGUGUGUGACUAUCCUUUUGAAAGCCUCAAGGAGACUGGUAAUUUAUACACAUUACUUUUUUAUUUAUUUAACCUUUAUUUAACCAGGAAAAGCCCAUUGAGACCCAGAGUCUCUUUUUCAAGGGAGACCUGGCCAAGAAGGCAGCAACAAUCAAUACAUUAUAGAAUUAAAACAUACAACAAUACAACUCAACAACAUGAUCCAGCCUAAAAAAAGCAUUUACACUCCUCUGUAACAGUCUCCCAUCAACAUUUUAAAUUCAUUCAGUGGCACUAUCUAGAUGAAGCAUGGAUUGUAGACUAUUCCAUGCCUCUGGUGCACAAGACGAGAAGGCAGUCUUGCCUAAUACUGUAAAUGUCCUAGGGACUUUAAGUAUCAACCACCUAGCAGACUGGGUCUGGUAACUGCUGGGUGGUGAAGGAGACCAGACUACAGUAACAACCACCUAGCAGACCAGGUCUGGUAACUGCUGGGUGGUGAAGGAGACCAGACUACAGUAACAACCACCUAGCAGACCAGGUCUGGUAACUGCUGGGUGGUGAAGGAGACCAGACUACAGUAAUAACCACCUAGCAGACCAGGUCUGGUAACUGCUGGGUGGUGAAGGAGACCAGACUACAGUAAUAACCACCUAGCAGACCAGGUCUGGUAACUGCUGGGUGGUGAAGGAGACCAGACUACAGUAACAACCACCUAGCAGACCAGGUCUGGUAACUGCUGGGUGGUGAAGGAGACCAGACUACAGUAACAACCACCUAGCAGACCAGGUCUGGUAACUGCUGGGUGGUGAAGGAGACCAGACUACAGUAACAACCACCUAGCAGACCAGGUCUGGUAACUGCUGGGUGGUGAAGGAGACCAGACUACAGUAACAACCACCUAGCAGACCGGGUCUGGUAACUGCUGGGUGGUAUAUGUGCGUAUCAAAUCAAGAGCGUGUUAUUAUGAGUUUGCUUUUGUUGUGAUCAACUGCAGAUGGAGGUACAUUCCUCGUCCCUCUUCCUAACAUGAAAGUCUCUCUCUACCUCCUUUUCACAGGCGCAACGCGGUAGACGCAUUCCGUGUGAAUGUGAUCCAUGCCCGGCAGCAGGUGCGCUCUCCAGUGACCAACAUUGCACGUACCAGCUUCUUCCAUGUCAAGCGCUCCAACAUCUGGCUGGCGGCGGUCACCAAGCAGAAUGUCAACGCUGCCAUGGUGUUUGAGUUCCUCUACAAGAUGUGCGACGUCAUGGCCGCCUACUUUGGCAAGGUCAGCGAAGAGAACAUCAAGAACAACUUUGUGCUGAUCUACGAGCUGCUCGACGGUAACUGUAACUUCACACACUCAUGCCAUUUGGAUCUUCUUUCCUCUCUCUUACCCUCUUCAUCAUUUAUUCAUGGUUUGGUUUCUUUGUUUUGUGUGCAGAGAUCCUGGACUUCGGGUAUCCCCAGAACUCUGAGACAGGAGCACUAAAGACCUUCAUCACCCAGCAGGGCAUCAAGGGCCAGGUGAGGAUGAGGAGUAUCUCCUUGUCACUGCUGAUAAGCCCUGCAAUGGGCUCUGUAGCAGAACUGUGUGCUGUCUGUGUUCCAACUGUUUUGUAACGGUUUCUCCUAUCGUUUCUUCUUUCUCUGGAAUUGUGGACACGGCCGGAUGCAGCAUCAGGUAAUGAUGGGCCUCAUUUGGGCUGUUCAUUUCAGUUCUAUUUGGGACAUUGGGCCUGGUUUCAACCGAACGCUGUUUUUUCCACUUCAUAUCCUGUUGAUCUCCCUCGUUCUCUCUCUCCCUCUCCUUUUCCAGACAAAGGAAGAGCAGUCUCAGAUCACUAGUCAGGUGACGGGGCAGAUUGGUUGGCGUCGCGAAGGCAUCAAGUAUCGACGCAAUGAGCUCUUCUUGGAUGUGCUGGAGAGUGUCAACCUGCUUAUGUCGCCUCAAGGUGAAUGUUGGUCAUAACACUACAAAGUAAAUGGCCUAAACAGGGGUUGAAUAUGCUAAGAGCUAAAAUAUCUAGGGGAAGUGUAGUCAAGUCAUGUUUCAAUUGGAGAAUCUCAAUGGCAUACUCCUCACGUCCUCCUGCUCAAAACCCAUUGGAUGAGAGAGCCAGAGGUCCCUCCCCUCUGACCUUCUCUUCCAAUGGGUUUUGAGGAGAGGACACAAGGAGUAUGCAAUUGAGAAAAGGCCCUAAUGAUUGACCCUUUCAAUUUGACCCCCUCCAGGUCAGGUCCUCAGUGCCCACGUGUCCGGCCGUGUGGUAAUGAAGAGCUACCUCAGCGGAAUGCCGGAGUGCAAAUUUGGCAUGAACGAUAAAAUUGUCAUUGAUAAGGCGGGUAAAGGCGGGGUCACUGAUGAGGUGGGAAAGAGGUGAGUAAGAGGGGCUGUGUUUGGACGGACUCAGGGUUGGGGUUUAUUCCAUUUCAGUUCAGGAAGUAAACACAAAUUGAAAUGUCAGUUUAGUUCCUGAAUUGAAGAGCAUUUGACCCCAACUCUGGACAGAGCUUGUCAUUAAAGGUCUGGAGCUUGUAUGUCUCAAUGUAUGUCUCAAUAGAUUUUCAACUUGGACUAUUCAGACUGAUAGGCAGUGGUGUUGUGACUUAACCUUCUGUGUAGGAAAUAGGAAUAUGAUUUCAGUCCCUGGACUAAGACUUCUAUAUAGAGCUUGGGUUGAGACGUACCAUUUUAUUUCCUUUUGAUACAUCUCCUUUCUUUCCCUCUCUUGUUCUGUGCUGUACCUCAGUGAUUUAGGGGGAGGAGGAAGGUACUGUAUUGAUAUCUGGCCUUACUCCCAUACCUCCCCGCUGUCUUGUCUAUGGUGUCAUGAAUGGCGACUGCUUUACUAAGCAUUUGAGGAGGCUCCCAAUAUUUACUGGAGUUACUGUAUUAAUUUGUGCUUCAGCAGUCGACUAGUGUGACUGCUAAUUGAUGAGAAUCUGACUAGCCUCCUCAAAUCUUUAGUGGACUGCCCAAUGGUUGUUUAUUUCUUAGUCAUUAGUGAGAGUAUUAGGUUUAAUAUUACCCACAUUCCCACCUGCUUGACCCUUAACCCUGACCCAGUCUUUGACAGGGAUGGUGAUGGUUAGCAUCCACUGGGUUACUGUGUUGCCAUGGUGUCCUUUUUUCUGUGUCUAUAUGUGUUGUGAGUGUGUUUGUGUGUGGUGGUGACGUGUUAGGAAGUGGGGCACGUAGAGUAGUGCGUUUUUAAAUGACUGUUUGGUUUGUGUGUUAGUUUGAAUGUGUCCGUAUGAACAGGUGUGUAUGGGUGCAUAGACGUUCAACCCUUCUCCCUCUGCCCCUGUAGUACCAGUGGUAAGCAGUCCAUAGCCAUCGACGACUGUACGUUCAACCAGUGUGUGCGUCUCAGUAAGUUUGACUCAGAGCGCAGCAUCAGCUUCAUUCCCCCAGAUGGAGAGUAUGAGCUCAUGAGGUAAGUGUGCCACAGGCUAAACUUCAACCUGUAUUGACCCUGUGUGCGCGCAUGUUUGUAUUUGUAAGUAAUCUCGCUUUCUGUGUGCAUUUAUGUAGAUGUGCCCAAUGAUUUGAGCCGCCCUCAAUCUUUGGACGUCUUUGUAUCCUGUUGCCCCCUGUGUGUGUCUGUUUGACAUGACUUUGGUGUUGUUUUACCAGGUACCGCACCACUAAAGACAUCAUCCUACCUUUCCGAGUCAUUCCGCUGGUCAGGGAGGUGGGCCGCACCAAGCUGGAGGUCAAAGUGGUCAUCAAGUCUAACUUCAAACCCUCGCUACUGGCCCAGAAAAUUGAGGUAGCUAUUCAGCCUUUGUCUUUUUAGAUUGUGGAUCGUAACCUUGGGGUAAACCUGUUCCUCUUUUGAAGUUACAGUAUGUUUUGUCUCAUAAACCUUGGAAGUUUUUGCUUGGUCUGUUAAUUGCACCUAUUGCUAUUCUAACAAGGUCGGGUUUAGUCUGCUGUAUGAGAAUUUGUUCAUCAUGUUAUAACUGUUAACUUGUUUUCCGUUGCUCCAGGUGCGCAUUCCCACGCCGCUCAACACCAGCGGUGUCCAGGUGAUCUGCAUGAAGGGCAAGGCCAAGUACAAGGCCAGCGAGAACGCCAUCGUCUGGAAGUGAGUGUUAUUUCAACCCUCUGCUUCUCCAUCACAGUACCCAAGAUCACUCUCUUGUUUUGUAUCCCCUUUUGUAUCUGAUGUGUGUUUCCUGCAUGUAGGAUCAAGCGCAUGGCUGGGAUGAAGGAAUCUCAGAUCAGUGCUGAAAUCGAGUUGCUGCCCACCAAUGAUAAGAAGAAGUGGGCGCGUCCUCCUAUCUCCAUGAACUUUGAGGUAAGGUUGCAGUCACACACACACACACCCUCUCGGCAGCAAUGACAAAUGUAGCAUUUUAGCAUACCGUAUUAAUAUGCAGUUGUGUGGAACUCGUAACCUGGAUAUCUUUGUCCCCCUCUUCUCCUCAGGUUCCAUUUGCCCCCUCUGGGCUGAAGGUGCGUUACUUGAAGGUGUUUGAGUCCAAGCUGAACUACAGUGAUCAUGAUGUUGUCAAAUGGGUGCGCUACAUCGGUCGAAGCGGCAUCUACGAGACUCGCUGCUAAUGUUAGAGAUCGAGCCGAGGAGAGGCAUACCAAGCAUUCUCCCUCCACACUUUACAUAUUUUCUUCUGUCCCUCUCUUCUCUUCAUCUCUAUUUUCCCUCCAUCCCAAUCUCUUCCCUUUAUUCCUCAAUGUUGGGGAUGAAUUUGAAAAACUGGCAUAACGUACAGAUACUGUAUAUGCAAAAUGUGAACCAUAGUAUGGCAUCUCUAACUAUGAUUAAAGGUAGACUCAGCGAUUAUGACGUAGAUGCAGAAAGUAAACAGUAGUGGGUCAAUUUCUGCAACAACUAAGCGUUGAAGAGCAAGGCUCAA